UCAUCUUGCGGAUUGUAAAUUCGUUUCUGUCAAGUCGUCAUUUUUUCAGGUGUUUGAAAGAAAUCAAUCGUAGUCGAAUAACUAGUUUGUAACUAAGAUCUCGGCCAUGGCAGACAUAAAAAAUGAAAAGUCAGAUAACACCAACGAAAAGCCAAAGGUUGAUUUAGGCCUUCUCGAAGAAGAUGAUGAAUUUGAAGAAUUUCCAGCUGAUGAUUGGACUGGCAAAGAAGAAGAUGCUGACGAUGUCAAUGUUUGGGAAGACAACUGGGAUGAUGACAAUGUUGAGGAUGAUUUCAGCCAACAGCUGAGGGUGGCAUUGGAGAAACAAGGCAUUAAAAUGGAACAAUGAUAAAAUGUGUGUUUCCAUAUGUAUCUUUCCCUGAAUUCAGAAUAAUGUACUGAUGUUGUUUUUUUUUUUCAAAA